UUCUCUCUUUAAUGUUGUUUUUAAUUUUGCUGCGGCCUAAACAAGUUUGAUAAAUAAAGGAAAGUAAGGUGAAUAGUGGAUGUGGUUGGAUCCAGCGAUGGGCGACGUAUAAAUACAAGAAGAGAACACAGGCUGCAAGCAUGCAUGUUAUCUCCCCUGCCCUUUCUGAUCUCUCUGUGAGAGUACCAAAUGGCUUGCUUGGACUCGUACAAGAGCCCAGAUCAGAAGGGACACUACCCGCCGAUGAGCCCAAGACUGUCCUUUUCCAAUGACUUCGUCGAAUCCCAUCACCCCACCAACACCAACACCAACACCCAUAUCAGUCAACAUCAAAACAGCCCUCCAAAUAUUUCGGCCUCCGACGACUUCGAAUUCUCUGCACUCACCAAUCCCAGUAAUCACACAAUGACCGCCGCCGACGAGCUCUUCUUCAAGGGGAAAUUGUUGCCCACUCUCAGAGAUGAGCUUCUCCUUCACGACGACGACGACGACGCUAUUGUAGUGCCGUCGUUCGUGCCCCCGAAAGGCCUACCAAAAUGGAAAGAGUUUCUCAGCCUCAAGAGAUCGGUUGUUGAUGGGCGCUGCACGGGCACGGGCACCGACAACGACAACAAUCAAGGCAAAAUGCCCAAGUUGGCCCUCCAUGAUAAGUCAUCGCAUCUUGACAUGACUUCGUAGAUCGAUCAGAAACUCAACUAGAACUGUGCGCCUUUUUCUUUUUGUUGUUUAUGGUUCUUAUGAUGGUGUUGGUAUAUCAGCUGGGCUGUUUCUGUACAAAUUUGUUGAAUGUUUGUUUGCAAUUAAUUCUGUGUUGCUUGCUCCAUUCUCUCUAACAUCAUGCAUGCGUUCGAUGUCUAUAGCGUUCUUGGCCCAGAUUCGUUAUUUUACUGCCUGAAUGCCUUUGUUUCUUCCAUCCCAUACUCAUUUAAGGAAAAUAUUUGGAUCUA